ACGACGACGACGACGACGACACGAUGCAGUUGAUGGACGAGAUCAACGGCUCAUGUUUUUCCGCGCGUGGCUUUGCUCUUAUUCUUUCUUUUUGUCUUGGUUUUGUUGCAAGAUUUCGGCCUUGGAUCACACACACACUGGCGCACCGCACAUACCUGACUGAGGCGGAGGAGGCUGGGGAAUGCGAUCAGAAUGAGCUGGCUGCGCGCCGCUGUCGUCCGCGUCCCGUUUCCGUUUAUGGGGCUCUUGGGAAUCCUGGGCAUGCGCCAUGGCGAGAAUGUCACCGGGUGAAGCUGGACGAUCCUACGAGGGCAAGCUGAUUUCUUUCUUGUUGUGGCCCCUUUCUCUCCCCCGUCAAAAAAAAAUGAAAGCGGAAAGUGGUUGACCGAGACCAAACGUAUGCAACACGAAGGCUGGAGCCUCGAAGUGUAACAAGAGGGAAUCCGGAAUCUAAGAGUUGGUUAGUUCAUGGCGAAGCAGCACCUUAUGAGGUGGUGGCAGCGGCGGCAACCAGACAGGGCCUGGCGAAGAGUGCCUCAGGUAGUAGUAACAUGCGGGAAUUGGAGUUUGGAUGGAGCAAGCUUCGGCGGAAAGAUGAACAUGAAAAGUGCAAAUCGAAGGGGGGAGGGGGCAACAGGGCCACAGAGCCAAGAAAGACUGGGGAAGGUGAGGACGAGGACGAGGAGGGUUGGAAUCGGGUUUUGUUUUGGGAUUUGUACGGGGGUGGACGGGGGACGGUGGGCCAAAAUCUGGGGCGGGGAGCACAGGACGACGGGACUGGUUGGAAUGGGGCGGGACGCGGGAGUCGGGAGACUAAGGUAAGGUAAAGGUGACUUACCGGCGGAGACCUCGCUGGUACCUAGGGAAAAGAGGUGUAGGGGGAAGGGAAGGAGGGAGGGGAGGGAAUAAUAAGUGUGAAGCAGAGCAGAGCAGACGGGAUGGGAUGGUAUGGGAUGGGAUGGGAUGGGGAAUCGGGGAGGAGGCCCCGUUCCAGAGGGGGGGAAGAGAGAGAGAGAGAGAGCGGGCGGACGGGCGGAGGGCGGGCGCAGCGAGAGGAGAAGUGAGUUAACGGCGGACUGUCCAAUGACGAAGGGGCGAAGCCAGUGCCGCGACUCCCUCUGUGUGUCGAAGGGUUUUAGAGUGAGACGAACGGUGGUCAGCCAGCAAGCAAGAGAGAGCGAGACAGCGCGAAGGAGAGAGGGAGAGGGAGAGAGAGAGAGAGAGAGAGAG